AUGGUCAAGAAAUACGCCCUUGUCGGCACCGGCGGCCGGGCCAUCUUCUUCUACACGGCAAUCGUAAAAGACUUCUCUCAAACAGCCCAGCUCGUCGCCUUUUGCGACACUAAUCAGACGCGCCUAGACUAUGCCAAUUCACGCCUCGAAGCACUUGGCCAUGCCCGGAUCCCAACCUUCCUGGCCUCUGACUUUGACCGCAUGAUCGCAGAGACACAGCCCGACGAAGUCAUUGUCACGACAAUUGACCGCACGCACAAUAUCUACAUCGUGCGCGCGCUGGAACUCGGAUGCAACGUCAUCACUGAGAAGCCCAUGACCAUCGACGCGCCUCGGUGCCGGCAGAUCUUCGACGCAGUCGAGCGGACAGGCAACAGAGUGAGAGUAACCUUCAAUUACCGCUACGCGCCUCACAACACCAAGAUCUACGAACUGUUGUCAUCCGGCGUGAUCGGUCAAGUCAACUCGGUGCAUUUCGAAUGGCUGCUCAAUACUCAGCAUGGAGCCGACUAUUACCGGCGCUGGCACCGCGAUAAGCGGAACAGCGGGGGCUUGCUCGUGCACAAGUCGACUCAUCAUUUUGACCUGGUCAACUUCUGGCUGCAGUCCAGGCCCGAGACAGUGGUCGCAAUGGGCGACCUCAAGUUCUACGGAAGGGAGAAUGCAGAAAGACGUGGUGAGACAAAGUUCUACUCUCGUGCGUAUGGGAGCGAGAAUGCGAAGGAUGACCACUUUGCACUGCAUCUUGACCGCAACCCGCAGCUGAAGUCAAUGUACUUGGAUGCAGAGAAGGAAGACGCCUACUUCCGGGACCAGUCUGUUUUCAGCGACGGAAUCAGCAUCGAGGAUACGAUGGGCGUGAUGGUGCGGUAUGGCUCCGGCGCCGUCCUGACUUACUCUCUUACGUCCUACGCGCCCUGGGAAGGGUUCCGAGUUAUGUUCAAUGGCAGUAAAGGCCGGCUGGAGGUGGAAGUCGUCGAGCAGUCGUACGUUAAUUCUGGUGGUGAGCAAGCCCUGGAAGGGGCAUUGGAAAGCCAGUCGAUUGUGUUGCGGCCGAUGUUUGGCAAGCCCGUGCAGAUUGAGAUUCCCAAGGGGAGUGGUGGUCAUGGAGGAGGCGAUCCGCAGCUGCUGAAUGAUCUAUUUGGAGAGUUUAUUGGCGAUGAUCCGUACAGGAGGGCGGCGUCGCAUGUGGAUGGGGCGCUGUCGAUCUUGACGGGCAUUUGUGCGAAUCGGUCCAUGAGCACGGGGCAGACGGUGAGGGUUGAUGAUGUCUUCAAAGUGUAG